UCCUUUUUUUUCUUUUUUUUUAUAUUAUCAUGGAAACAAAAGAGACCAAAUGGGUUAAAAGGCCACAGAGUACUGUCAGUCAAAGAAAGGUUGACAAAGAACUACAGCGUAUCAAAAGUUUGGCUGUAGUUUCGGUCCUGAAUAAAAGUUUCCAGGACACGGCACUACCACCACCACCUUCUAGCCGUCCUUCAAUUCUUCCUGUCAUGUCUCCUUCUUCCUCCCUCACUACAAGCUCAACAACUUCUGACCAAGAUAGUUUCUCGAAUCUUAAAGCAAGAUCUCGGUCCAUCUCGCACACUUCUUUCACGGCGACUAAAUAUUCAGCCAAUCGACCUAAUAGUGUCUGUCUGCAGAGCGAUUCUCAGUCUAUUAAAGCACCUUCUUUACCCGAGCCCUUAGAACAAGACAACAGCUUAGAGGCGGAGAAGAAAAUGAGCGAUCACCUCGUGAUUGAUCAUGAAAAAGAAGCACUCAAAAAGCGCUUAGAUGAGCUCCAGACACUCUAUGAUUCAUCAAGUCAAGAAUUAGACCAACUCAAAGUGCAAAAAGAGACACAAACUGAACUUUUAUUGCUGCAAGAUAAACUCAUUCAAGAAAUGACAAGCCAUUUAGAAGAUGUGAACACAAACUCUAUUAACGGCAACACGGAGAAUGAAGACAUUUCUCAAGAAGAUUUAGUACACGCACAUAGAGAACUUAGAGCACUUCGGGCAGAAUUAGAGCAGUUUAGGCCCUUAAAGACAGAAUAUGAAGUCAUUAUCUCAGGCAUGACAAGACAACUUGAAGCUUAUGAACAAAGAAUGGAUGAAAUAGAAAAGAUGGCUCGUGAUAUACAAAAAGAAAACGAAGCACAGCUUUUGUAUAUUGAUACCAAGGUUCAAUCACUUGUAGAUAAACUGCUAGAGAGAAACCAAACAAUCAGCAAAUUGCAAUAUGAACAACAUUUAGAAAAGCAGUUACCAAAACCUGAAGAUACUAAAAGCAAUAGGAGUAACAGUAUCAAAAGUGCAAAUGAUUCUGCCACCAUUUGGGAACAAUUUACUCAUGAAUCUGCCAGUUCUACUCGGUCGUCUUUUGUAUCUACAGACAACAAUUUAACAAAAUCACUUACUGCUCGUUGGAAAGGCACGGUUGUACCUCCAGCUUCACCACCGCCUUCUUUGCCCUUGCCACCUAUUCCAACAACUUCUAGGCCGAAAUCAACCCUGAGUGAAGUGUCUGGAAACUCUAGUAUACAUAUCAAGGAUAACAAACAUAUGUCUAUAGAUGCCGUAGGUGGCGCUAGUCACCGAAGAACAUCUGUUCAAUCUGAAAUAGACGAACAAGCGCUUGAAGCUGCCUAUUACAAAGAAUUUACUGAUCAACUACAGGCUAGACUGUCCAUCUCUAAAGAAAUUGACGAUCUUCGUGUUUGGGAACCUAGUGAUUUUGAAAGAAUACAAAAGAAGCUAGAUUCUAAACAUUGGUCUGAAAACGAAGAUGGAAGCAGCGAAAAGGAUCAGCAUGCUUUCUGGAAAGGCAUGAAGAAGAAGUUACGAGUAUAACUAUGGUCUUUUUAUUUUAUUUUUGUAAUAAGCAUAAUCAUAAUAAUAAAUCACUC